CAUUUGGAGAGAAUUUGAAAUAAAAUGUGAUUUUGUUUUCAUUCAUCGCUCGAGUCGUCAAUCAUCGGAUCAAACGAUGGAUAAAACGCUUCAAAACCUGUACUACUCUUCGCUGCUGUCGGAGUCGCCGUCUGUCAGAGACAGCACUUCCAGACACGCCAACAGAUUCCUCAACUCGUUUGAAAUGUCUUCAAUGCAUUUGUUGCCAUCAAAUCUCAUCAAUCAAAGCGUAUUCCUCAGCACCACAGCCAACGACACCUUCCAGUCAAACACUAUUCUCGAAGAGCCGGACGAGGAGUCCUUUUCUUCCGACUCUGCGCUCACUCUUUACCAGCAGUUCUUCGAGACGAACCAAAAAUAUGCCGCAAAUGAGGACAACGUCUUUGAGAUGUUGACCGAAUUCGAGCUCUUGUGUUGCGAUCACCUGAUGGUGACGUCGAGUCUCAUGAAGUCGAAAGUGAGACAUUCGGCCGAAACGAAAGACAUGAAUAAACUCGAGAAUGUGUUCCGAUUGGAGCGCAACAGUUGGCGCGUCUUCAGAGCCAUCUUCGAGGACAGGACUAAGAGUGGCGGCGACUGUCAGGAGGACAUGAUUGUCGACGAUAUGGUCACCAAAAUGAGUGACAAGACAUUUGCGGAGCGACUGUUCGAAAGGGACUGUCGUUUACGGCAAAUGCAAUUAGUUAUCGAUUGGUUGGAGAGAAACCAAUUGGACGACAGCGAAGACGUCGCCAACGAUCGCAUUCAGUUCUACUCCGAGGGUCCGUAUUCGUGGGAAAACUCUUUACACGCUCUGAAGACCACUGGCGACCAAAUGCUCGCCACUGACCGCAAACUGUGUCCAAACAUGGAUCCCGACGCUCCCAUUCGCACCCGACUCUCGCUCCACGAUUUGGACGUCGAGGACGAGAACCGUCUCUUUCGUUACAUUUUCCAACUCUUGCGCGCCGGACAACUGCCCGACGCCAAAGACAUCGCCCAACGACUCGGCUACUACUGGUUGUCGGCGGCGCUUGACGGCUGGCUCCUACAUCACGACCCCAACUACGGCCACGAACACAGUGCCAGCAAAGUCUUGGAACCGAUUGAAGGCAACGCCAACCGCGACCUCUGGAAGUACGUGUGUUGGCGCGCGUCCAAAGUGGAGGGCACCAACAUCUACGAGAGGGCCAUCUUCGCCGCCCUGAGCGGCAAUGUGGCCACUCUUUUGCCGCUCUGCACGCGUUGGUCGGACCGCUUGUGGGCGUACUUCCGGUCCUCUCUCGACGUUCACAUUGAGGGCGAAUUGAGGGCAACUCUUGUCGAGAGACCGGAAGGAAAGCCGCGCUUCAAAAUCGAUUUACCGGAUCUCUAUUGGGAUAACAAACUGACGGCUCGGGCCAUCUUCCGAGAGAUCGAAUCCCACGGAACCGUUUCGUCGGCCGUCGAGGAGUCGUAUCAUCAGAACAUCCAGAAGUUCGUGAUAUUGGGAGACGUCGACAGUCUCGUGGACUACAUCUACGAGUGCUCUAAAGUGAUCGCAGAUUCGCGCCGAACGAAGAAAGAGGAGAAACGAGUCGACAAAUACCGACAAUCGGAACAAGUGGUCGAACCGCAACUCUUGAGAUUCUUCGCACAUCUUGUGCUCGCAUUAAGGCAUUUGGGAGUGAGUUCGAGUCGGGAGUCGUUAUGUGUGGCCAUUCUCGAGGCCUACAUCCAGUUCCUCAUCGACCGAAACCAGAUUGAAUUAGUGGCCUAUUAUACGGCACAACUGCCCAAAAGCAAUCAAAUCACGACUUUUGCGAAACUCCUGGAAGGCAUUGAAGACGAAGACGACCGCAAAAUGUGUAUUCUUUUGGCGAAGAACGCGAAUCUGGACAUCAACUCGAUUACAAUGACUCUCGUGGACAACGUUCGGGUCAAGACGGAGGAAGACAUGCAAUUGUCUCACGAGUUAAUGAACGCCACGAACAGCGAAGACAAGAAGAAAAUCAAUUCUUUGGAUUGGCUUUUGUUUAGCGAAGUGCAGGAGUGGAGCGAAGCUCUGAAACAAACGAAUUCUCUGAUGAGAAGCUUUUUGUUGUCCCGAAAAGUGGACGCAAUGAAAGACGCGUUCAACAAAUUGCCCGAAACUAUCAUCGAUAACGUCUACAAACAGUGGAUUCGGAGGACAGGUAGUAGUCAUUUGAGCGCUGAGGAAGACAACGCCGUUCGCGAGUACUUGUGUCACAAGGCGUACAUUCAGGCCACCGACGCCUUCACCGACUGGCAAUAUUGUUUGCAUAACUCGAAGCCUCGGGAACCGCCGAAACAGACGUCCAAACGCUUCAUGGAUACCGUCGCUUACGAGCAUUCGGUGAAACAGUUUGAACUCGAAUUGAGUCACUGGAAGGAAAUGCUCGCAAAACAGGGAAAACUGACGGCCGAUAAGAUCGAGAAUGUGCUGCUCUUUCCGGACGGCGGAUGGAUGGCUGACCAGCGGAGUGACGCCACCGGAGACCAGAUGCGCACCCAUCAGAUGGAAGAGUUGAGGCGACAAUAUAUUCCUCAACUCGUAUUCAUCGCUCAUUCCAUUCACAAGUCGUCCAACAAUUUAGGCGAUUGUCUCAAACUGGCGGAUCUGGUGGCCGACGAACGCAAAGCCAUUUAUACGAUGUUUUCCAAGGAGUUGUUAACGGAUUUGCUGAAGAAGUUGAGAGAGACGUCGAUUGAGAUCUUAAACGAGUCGUCCGACCCUUUGGGAUAUGCGACGCUUUGAGAGAUAUUUAUUUUUCUAAUCGUUUUAUACAAUAUUUGCAGUAAUUAUCGCUUCAAAUAAAUUACUUUCAAAUCCAUUGUUAUCUAAAUCUCGA